GUGCUUUGUGUGUUUUACUGUGUGUGCUGUGUAUGUGUUUUACUAGGGAGGCAUCCUGUUUUAGUGUGCAAUACAAAGCAGCAUGCUGAAGCUGACAGGGGAGAGAUCUGUAUUGUUUACAUACAGACUUCUCCCCAGUCAGUGAUACUCGGCGAUCACCGGGUGCCAGCAGGGCAUCUCUAUCCGGGACCCCGUGAUUGACAGCUGUAGCCACCAAUGGUGGCACAGGUAGGACACAUGCGCACCCCCUACCCGGAAAUACAAAAUCACGUAUAUAUACACGUGAUUUUGCACAGCCCUGC